AUGGUCCUCGUCCUGGUAAUUGGCGACCUGCACAUUCCCCACAGAACUCAUGAUCUUCCUCUAAAAUUCAAGAAACUGCUGGUUCCAGGGAAAAUCCAACAAAUUCUUUGCACCGGCAACGUCUGCGACAAGGAGACGUACGACUACCUGCGGACGAUCUCGCCCGACGUCCAUGUCGUCAAGGGCGACUAUGAUGAAUCGUCGGCGUUUCCGAGCUCAGUGACCGUCAUGCACAACGCGAUAAAGAUUGGCGUUAUCCAUGGGCACCAGUGUGUGCCUGUUGGCGACUUGGAUUCGUUAGGGGCGAUUGCGAGGCAGAUGGAUGUGGAUGUGCUCAUUUCGGGGCAUACACAUACAUUCCAAGCUAUUGAAAGCGAUAACAGGUUCUUUGUGAACCCAGGGUCAGCAACAGGCGCUUGGAGCGGCGCUUUCACGAGUGACCCUACGCCAUCUUUUGCGCUCAUGGAUAUUCAAGGGAACGUCGUUGUGACCUAUGUGUACCAGCUUAUCGAAGGAGAGGUUCGAGUGGAGAAGAUUGAGUGGAGGAAGGAGCCAGAGUCGGUCGCGAAUGCCCCGCGAAGCACGGUGAUGCCGCAGAGCAUACCCAGUCCUUCACCAUCGAGCCCACAGGAGGGGUGGUAACUGUAUUCUAGAUAUCCUAUUACUCUUGCACUGCUUUGAACCCGAAACCAAGUUAAUCUGAUUCUUCGCAUCGCGUCUUCUCC